GCCAACCAUACAAACAUGAGAACCUGUUCAUUACUGUACACAGACGUGAAGACUGAUGAUCAAACCAAGCCGCUGAGGAGACUUUCGCUGCCUGGGGAAGAGUGUGAUAUCUGCAUGUUGGUAAGGAGAAAGUCAGCUUGGUCAGUAGAGAUGUUGGCAGUGCUGGUGGUAUUGGUGACGUUGGUCCCCACUUGGAGUGACGGACUCUUGCUGACGAAGUGCGAGCUGAAGUCUCAGCUUGAGGAAGCAUUUUCUAAUCUGCAAGUAGAGAAUGCUGCAGACAUUAUUGCUAAAUUGGCCUGCACAGUAGAAAACAUUUCUGGGUUCAACACCAGUCUUGUAAACAACAUUGACCAAUUUGACCCCAGAACCCUUUUUGUUUAUGAUGAAGAUUACCCCUCUGAAAUGGGAGAAUCAAAUACUGUGAGCAAAGACUAUGUAUUUCAUGAAAGCAUGGAGGGGACUGAAGAGCCUUUCAUUCCAUUAGAUGUAGUGAGUGAAGACAAGUUCAUUCCUGGACAAAACAAGGUCCAACCUGAAGAAUGGUUUGUCCCUGUUGAUGCAGAAGCCAGGAUGCGGAGGGAAGCUCCAUCUAACGAUGAAAGGGAUGGCUCUGGAGAAGAAUCAUGGGUUAUCCCUGUUGAUGCGCAAGCCAGGAUGCGGAGGGAAGCUCCAUCUAACGAUGAAAGGGAUGGCUCUGGAGAAGAAUCAUUGGUUAUCCCUGUUGAUGCGCAAGCCAGGAUGCGGAGGGAAGCUCCAUCUAACGAUGAAAGGGAUGGAUCUGGAGAAGGAUCAUGGGUUAUACCUGUUGAUGCGCAAGCCAGGAUGGGGAGGGAAGCUCUAUCUAACGAUGAAAGGGAUGGCUCUGGAGAAGGAUCAUGGGUUGUCUCUGUUGAUGCGCAAGCCAGGAAGCAGAGGGAAGCUCUAUCUAAUGAUGAAAGGGAUGGCUCUGGAGAAGGAUCAUGGGUUGUCCUUGUUGAUGCGCAAGCCAGGAAGCGGAAGGAAGCUCCAUCAGAACAGACUCUACUUUAUGGAAUCUUCCAGCUGCGUGAUAUAACAUGCAAUUCAGGAUCAAGCUACAGUCUGGAUCUUUGUCAACUGAGCUGUAGUGCUCUGACUGAUGAUGACAUCACUGAUGACAUUGCUUGCUUGAUGGGUUUGGAUGAGAAAAUGGUGCGGAUGACGUUCCUACAGGAGUGUCUGUCAGUGGAGCCCUCAGACUACUUUGCAGAGUGUGGCUGAAAUGACCAGAUCAUAUUGUACGGGACUCAAAUGUUAUCCUGACUGGGUGUCGUGUGCAGCUUUAUUAUUGCUUCAGGACAGCAAGUGUUGUAGUUUCUAUUUAUAUUAAGAAUGCUUGUGUUGAGUGUGGGUUGUGGUGAGGUAUUCAGGUAUUCAAGAAUGUAUAUUACAAUUUCCUGAAAGGUUCUACAGUUAAGCAACCAAUAAUUCCCAUUAAAUGUUAGUACACUCGUGCAAUUAAUGAAUGAAUACUGUAUACGGGUCUAUUAGCGGAUAAGAGUAUAAACUAGGGAAAA